GCAUGGGGAUUACUUUUGGGCCUCCGCCAGCAAACGUUUUUAAGCACAAACCGCCAUAGACAGCCAAAUUUCUCCGAUUCAAUUUUUUUUCUUUUCUUUUCUUUUCUUUUUUAUUUGGUAAAAAUCAUUGGCUCGUAAAACCUAAAACCCUUUUUAUUCUCUUCCAUUCAAAUCCCAAAAUCCCUCUCAAAUUUUCCCGUUUGAUUUUCCUCCCCCCUUCUUCCACCUCCAAUUUUCCAUCUCAAUCUGCUUCUCUUUCUGAUUUUCUACCUUACUUCUCUUCCCGGAUCUCUGUUCUUAUGGAACGUCCCGACGACGAGCAGGAUCGAAUCGUUCCUAUUGGGGCACUGAACAAUCGAUUAUUUAUGCAGGAGAAAGAUCUCUUAGGCCAGAUAACCUGAAAGAGCCGCAACUCUCACCUAAAGGUGGAAGGAUUGCUCCAGCAAAUCCUUCUCCAAAUGCAAUAAUUAUUGGACCGUCAAGGGAUACCAUGGAGCAGAAAGUAUCUAUGGAUGCAGGAACAAGUAUUAGCAAUGUUCAUCCUGUGAAUGUAUAUACUUCGCAUGAGCCAAAUAUUCAAUAUGGUGGAUAUGGUGGAAGUAGUACUGGUGCUUGGGAUGCUUAUUCACAAUAUGUAAAUGCUGAUAGUUUUCCAGUUGUGUCACCAGUUAUGUACAAUGAUAAUCCAUCUAUUGUCUUUCAUUCUGGUUAUGGCUUCAAUCCCGAUAUGGCAUAUGGACAAUAUUCACCCGUUGCUACUCCUAUGCCUUCUGUUAUGUUAGACGGACAGCUAUAUUCUCCUCAACAAGUCCCAUUCUCCCCAUCAUACUACCCACAACAAGCUGCACCUGGUUUACCUCAUGGUUCUUCUGCAGUUCCCGUUUCACCAACAGAGAUGAUAUCACCUGAGAGUAGUACAUUUGACAACAUGCUUUAUGGGCCGGGAACAGGUUUCUUGCUAAAUUUUGGGUCCUUUGGUGGUGGAAAUCUGGGAUCUGGAUCUUUAGCUUCUCCGGCAGCUGCUUAUCCACAGCCAAUGGGAGUGCUUGGCUCAAAUGAUCAGAAUGUUGGACAGGUUUCUCUACAACAGAGACCUAUGCAUGGAUUUGGGCUGGUUUCAAAUGCCUUUGAUGCUCGGUACCCAUUAAGUAGUUCUUAUCAGGGUUCUAACUUUGGCAGUGGAUCCAUUUCUUAUCCUGUUGUAAAUGACCGAAGCCGUCUUACCCUUGAGAAGGACAGAGGAAGAGACAGGGAUCGAGACUCAAUUUCACUCUUUAAUGAUCCACAUGGCAUCUUUAGUGACCGUAAUCGAGGGCCAAGAGCUUUGAAGGCCAAGGGAAAAGGCGAACAAAGUGCUGCAUCUGGUGCAAACAAAAAUGAUUUAUCAACUUCAUUAAUUAGUCCUGACUCCUACAAUCGGCCAAAUUUUGCUACAGAUUAUGAGACUGCCAAGUUUUUCAUUAUUAAAUCAUUCAGUGAAGAUAAUGUUCAUAGAAGUAUCAAAUACAAAGUUUGGGCUAGUACUCCACAUGGUAACAAGAAACUGGAUGCUGCUUUCCGUGAGGCAAAAGAGAUGCAAGGAAAUUGUCCAGUUCUUCUCUUUUUCUCCGUUAAUGCUAGCGGUCAAUUUUGUGGUGUAGCUGAAAUGGUCGGACCUGUUGACUUUGAGAAAAAUGCAGAUUACUGGCAGCAGGAUAGGUGGAGUGGACAAUUUCCUGUUAAGUGGCAUAUCAUCAAAGAUGUUCCUAAUAUUAGAUUUCGGCAUGUUUUACUUGAAAAUAAUGACAAUAAACCUGUUACGCACAGCAGGGAUUCUCAGGAGGUGCCACUGAAGCAAGGUAUUGAGAUGUUGAAAAUUUUCAAGGACCAUGAUCCUCGAACAUCUAUUAUAGAUGAUUUUGAUUUCUAUGACGAGCGGGAGAGGAUUUUGAAAGAACGGAAAACAAGACAGCAGCUAUUCGCGACUGCAAAUUCUCUAAAUUCACUUGGUGAUGGGUCCAUUAGCCCAAUCUCUGAUCAGUUUGCUCAAUCCCUUCGACUUGAAGAUAAUAAUAAGAAAGAAAAACCAGAAAUGGAAAAGGGUGCAACAUCUAGAAUAGACGCUUCAGUUUCACUUGAUGAUCCAGUAAAGUAAAGUUCUGAGGCUUUCUUUUGAGUCUUGAAGUUGAGAGACUUAAGUAUUAAGAAUGUCCAAGCAUUUGAAGGUGGAUACGGUUAGCAAUUCCGUUAGAUUGGACUUCUUUGAUUCCUUCAAGCAUUUAGAUGAACGAGUUUGAUAGGUAUUUCACAUCAUGAGACACCCCUUAUGACUGAUUUUCUGUUCUUCAAUAGAUGAUAACACCUGAGGCAGUAUUUUGGAAAUCUAUAGCAGUGAAGAUGAUAUCUGACGCUUUUUUUUACCAUUUUUUCAUGUUCAAUUGCCCAAAGCAGCUGGAGGAAAAUUUACUUGCACUUGGCAAGAAGCUUUUUCUGAUUAAAUAUUGCUUAAUUUGCAUUGAAUUUUCCCUUUCCUCUGGAGGGUGUUGAUGGCAUUUCUCGAGUGGAAGGAUUUUGGCUGAAGGGGGCUGGAUUAGUUGGGUGGGGUUUUACGUAGCAAGUGUGCAAUAGAAUAUGUUUGCAUUUCUUAUCGAUAGUCCAGUUUCUGGGUAUUUAUGGAGUUGCCCAUUUGGUGAAACACAUUAAUAAAGGAAUUCUAAAAAUUUCAUUGUUUUAGGGACUCUACAUGUUUUAUUUCAUAUUUUCUUAUGGGGUUGGUAUCAUAUAUAGUAUGUCCAAGGGCAGCUGCUGUGAAUCUUACAACAGAGGAGAGUAUAAUUUAACCCAAGGGUGAGGGCCACUUGAUGUUUUUCUCCUUUUCUUUUCUUUUUUUUAUUAUUUUUUUUAUAUCAUAUGUUAUUCUAGAUUGUCUCUAGAGUCUAGAUCACAAGGAACUUCUCAAGGAGCUAGGGAGAUUGGUUUGAUGAGACUACUCUAAAAAUUGUAAUUUGCUGUUUAAUCAUGUACAACAAUUACUCUCCCUCCUUUUAAGUGAAUUUCAUUAUUUCCUGCUCACA